AUGUUUUCGCUCAGAAAUACCGCGCGUCAAUUCCCUCGGUGGGCUCAGGUUCGCUCUGUGUCGACCUUGGAAAAUAACCCGCACAUAUAUGUCUUUCCCAAGAAUGGCAUCAAUAUACUGUCCUUGCUGCCUUCAGAGCCAACUAACCCCGACCUGGCCAUUGGUGUAACAUCCAAGCUUCCUCCGACUCCAGACUCGUUCAAGGAGAACCCGAAAUUCCUGGAGACCUUGCAAGAUGUCAUGACAGAGCAUGGCUACCAGGACCCUGACGCUAUCUCCCAGGCGCAAGUCAUGGUCUCUACGUCGGGGGCUAAUCUGAGCACCGGCGGGGUGCUUUUGACUGGGGGACAGGCGAGGAAACGCCGCAGCGAGGGCGAUUCCAGUGGCGGUGCUAGUGGUCAGGGAGGUGCUGGCUCGGCUGGGAGAGGUGGUUGGAUCCAUCUCUCGGAUAACCGACGGCCACCUGAGUUUGGACGGAUCGCUUGGCCAGAGGAUAUCUUUGGGAGUUUGGAGGUUGAUGGAGAGGGAAAGUUCGUGGGAGGGAACGGCAACUACCAGCCUAGCGGUAUUCACUCCGAUAUGCAAGGCCCUUGGACGCGCAGGCUGACGACUCAAAUAGGGACGUACCGCAUUGUGACUCGGGAUGGGAUCUUGGGCCUGAGCCCGUUCUUAAGAGAAAAGCUGGUGCAGAAGCUGCGCCAGCAGGAGACGAGAUCGAAUCCCGUUGGUAGUGAUCCUGUACAAUAG